CGCAAAAUGCGAAUUCCGGUGUGAUGAGAUAUGACAUUAAACUAGGAAACAUACAACAGUGUUUUUUUAAUAAUACUGUUGUAUAAUAUUAUUAAUUAUUUAGUUUAUGUUACAUUAUCUGUAAUAAUAUAAUAUAUAUAUACUAUAUAAAUGGCGCUAGUUUCGUCAUCUUAUAAGAAGUUUUUUAUUUGUGAUGUGCUCAAAGAAGUUAAUAAGGAAGUUGUUUCUUCUGAAGUAUCUAGAACUAUAUUGAAAGCUCAAAUUAUGGGUAUUAUCACAGGCAUACAGCGCUUUCACCAAAGAACAUCAUAUACAGUGGAUGAUGGAACUGGAGUACUGGAUUGCAUUUUAUGGCAAAAUGAACCUGCUGUACAAGAUAAAAUCAUGGCAUUAAAAAAAGACCUUACUUCAGGUUGUUCUGAAUUAUCUGUAGAUUUUAAAGUUUGUGCCCAAUCUUUGUUGAAAAAGGCUGAAGCACCCACUAUUAUCAAUGAGGAACUUUAUACUCAUGGAGAUGUGAUGCACUGUUUUGGAAAUGUAAAGAUAUUUAGAGGAAAUCCCAAACUUGAUAUACAUCACCACUAUAAAGAAUCAGAUGUGAAUGCUGAGACUUUAUGGAUACUGGAUGUCCUUAUGACAAAACAAAAUAACACUUGAAAUGUAAAUAUAUUCAUAAUCAAAAUAAAAUGGGUAGAUCAUACAUAUAUUCUUAUUUAUUUUAAAAUUUGCAGCUUUCUUUGUUUUGAAACUCAUUCCAUAAACUGUGAUCUUUUUAUAAAUUUUCAAUCUAUAAAUCAUUGUUGCAUUUUUAUUUUCAUAUGUA